CUUUCACAUUGACUAUUGAACAUAAAGGCAAACAGAUAAACAGAGGAGUAAGAAAAAGAAGAAUAAGAAUAAGAAUAUGUCAGAGAAACGUAAUGAAAUAAAAAAUAAAAUCUCUGAAUUAUUAGUUAAAACUGGUGAACGUGAAAGAUUACGUGAAUUUGUUGAAAAUAAACUAAUCGAGACUGGUUGGAAUGAAAAAGUUAAACAAGCCUGUAAAGAUUAUAUACGCACAAAGGGAGUGGAUAAUAUCACUGUAGAGGAGGUUGUCCAAGCGAUAACACCAUCAGCCCGACAAACUGUACCAACUUCAGUGAAACAGGAUGUUUUAGAAUUAUUAAGAAAAUUUCUUGUUCAACAUGAUAUUGAUGUUUAAAUGAAUCAAAUGAAGAUAUAUAUAUUGCAAAAUAUGAUGGCGCGAAAAAAAUAUAAUCAA